CUCUGUAGCCUUAAGGUAAGUACAACAAAUACUUUCCUCAUUCUGGCACAAGUACAACCAUGUCUCUCUCUCUCUCCAGCAGACCUUGGUGUUCUCUUUACUCUACUUCAGUUAGUUUGGUUCCUGGAUCAAUUGAAGCUAGAAAAGCCAAGAAACCAGCUUUGUUCAUCGAGGGGACUAAACAAAGAAUUAAGACAAUGUUUGAUAAGGUUGAACUAUCUGUUUCCUCAUAUGAUACCGCCUGGGUGGCAAUGGUCCCUUGCCCAAAUACUCCACAAGCCCCCUUUUUCCCUCAGUGUGUGAAUUGGUUGUUGGAUAAUCAACUCCAUGAUGGCUCAUGGAGUCUUCCUAAUCGUGAUCCCUUUUUAGUUAAAGAUGCUCUAUUAUCUACCUUAGCAUGUAUCCUUCCACUAAAGCAAUGGGGUGUUGGUGAAGAACAAAUGAACAAGGGCCUGUUCUUUAUUGAGUCAAAUAUAGCUGCAGCUACUGAUGAGAAGCAAGUUUCUCCUAUUGGAUUUGACAUAAUAUUUCCUGCUCUAAUUGAGUAUGCCAAUAAUUUGGAUUUGAGUAUCCCUCUAGGGGCAACAAAUUUAGAUGCUUUGUUCCACAAGAGAGAGUUGGAGCUUAAAAGAGGCUAUGGUAGCAACUUGGAAGGGAAGGGGUCCUACUUAGCAUAUUUUUCGGAGGGACUGGGGAAGUCAGCAGACUGGGAGAUGAUCAUGAAAUAUCAAAGAAAGAAUGGGUCACUUUUUAAUUCACCAUCCACCACAGCAGCUGCUUUUACUUACCUUAAGAAUUCUGGUUGUCUUAGUUACCUUCACUCACUCGUAGAUAAGUUUGGGAAUGCAGUUCCUACAGUUUAUCCUCUGGAUAUAUAUACUCGUCUUUGUAUGGUUGAUAGUCUUGAAAGCUUGGGAAUUGAUCGGCAUUUCAGGAAGGAGAUCAAAAGUGUAUUGGAUGAAACAUACAGAUACUGGCUACAAGGUGAGGAGGAUAUAUUCUUAGAUACUUCCACUUGUGCAAUGGCGUUUCGGAUAUUACGUGUCAAUGGAUAUGAUAUUUCUUCAGAUCCAUUUACCCGGCUUUCAGAAGAUCAUUUUUCCAGUCCCCUUGGAGGAUAUAUGAAGGACAUUGGUUCUGUUUUGGAAUUAUUUAGGGCUUCACAAAUUAUCAUACAUCCUGAUGAAUUUGUUCUGGAGAAACAAAAUUUCUGGACCAGUCAGUUUCUGAUACAAGAAUUAUCCAAUGGUUCAAUUCAUGCAGACGGACUGAAUAAAUAUGUUAGCCAAGAGGUGGAAUAUGCUCUUAAGUUUCCCUACCAUGCAAGUUUGGAACGGUUAUCAAACAGGAACGCCAUUGAGAAUUACAAUAAAAAUAAUACAAGGGUUUUAAAAACUGCCUAUAGUUCUUCAAAUAUUGGCAAUGAAGAUUUCUUAAAUCUGGCGGUUGAGGACUUCAACAUCUGUCAAUCAAUACAGCGUGAAGAACUCAAAGAUCUUGCAAGGUGGAUUACAGAGAACAGAUUAGACAAGUUAAAGUUUGCCAGGCAGAAACUAGCGUACUGUUACUUCUCUGCUGCAGCAACCCUUUUUUCCCCUGAACUUUCUGAUGCUCGAAUAUCAUGGGCCAAAAAUGGGGUGCUUACCACAGUGGUUGAUGAUUUCUUUGACGUUGGUGGUUCAGUAGAGGAAUUGGUAAACCUUAUACAACUGGUUGAGAAAUGGGAUGUUGAUGUCAGCACUGACUGUUGUUCUGAGAAUGUUGAAAUUAUAUUUUCGGCACUUCACAGCACAAUCUGUGACUUUGCAGACAAAGCAUUAACAUGGCAAGGGCGUAAUGUGAUAAGUCACAUAAUUGACAUUUGGUUGAAUUUGCUGAAGUCUAUGUUGAAAGAAGCAGAGUGGUUGAGAGACAAGUCCGUGCCAUCUAUGGAUGAAUAUAUGACAAAUGGGUACGUGUCAUUUGCCUUAGGACCUAUAGUCCUCCCAGCUCUCUAUUGUGUUGGGCCUAAGCUUUCAGAAGAGAUUGUUAGAACUCCAGAAUUACAUCAUCUAUAUGAAAUUAUGAGCACUUGUGGACGUCUUCUAAAUGAUAUACAGACCUUUAAGAGGGAAUCUGAGGAAGGAAAAUUGAAUGCAGUAUCUUUGUGCAUGAUUCAUGGUGGUGGAGAUUGUACUAAAGAAGAGACCAUUAAGGAAAUGAAGAGUUUUAUUGCUGGAAAGAGGAGAGAACUUCUGAAAUUAGUUUUGCAGGAAAAGGGGAGUGUAGUUCCAAGAGCAUGCAAGGAUUUGUUCUGGAAAAUGAUUAAAGUGUUGCACCUAUUUUACAUGAAGGAUGACGGAUUCACUUCGCAUGAGAUGUUCAAUUCUGUAAAUGCAGUGCUUGAAGAACCCAUCGUUCUCAAUAAAUUGUAAGUCUAUGUACGUUAGAUUAACCUGUAUCCCAGGUGAAACAAUUGAAGGAAUUGCUCAGUGCCAGUGAUCGGCCUUUUUAAUGCACAUUGUAUGCAUAAAGGGCUGAUUCUGCCCCUCCUUC